AUGACUGCGUCAGAAGAAACCACCGGAUUUGGUACUUGCAAGUGGUUUAAUGUACUCAGAGGUUAUGGUUUUAUUACACCUGACGAUGGUGGGGAUGAUAUAUUUGUACAUCAGUCUUCACUAUUCAUGGAUGGAUUCCGCAGUUUGGAUACAGGUGAGCGCGUUCGUUUCGAUAUUCGAAUUCGAAAUAAAGGCAAGGAAGCGGUAAAAGUGACAAGUGCUGAGCCGGAUGGAAAAUUGAGAGGAAGCUCGAUAAAGCCUUUUGGCAAGAGCAAAUCACAUUAUAUCAGAUGCUAUAAAUGUGGUUUAUUUGGAAAUCACAUAGCAGCAAAAUGCAAGACAGGUCAAGGAUUUGACAAACUUUGCUACAAAUGCCACAAGACUGAUCACUUGAUUGCUGACUGCCCACAAAGAUCGUACGCGAAGAAUCGCGUCGAGGAUCAAAAGGUCAAACAGAGUGGCCAGCCAUGCGAAGAAGAAACACAAACUAUCAAGUUAGAUAGCGAUGAAAAGAGAGACUUGCACGAUAAUAUGACCGAUUCAAGCAAGUGCAAUGCUACCAAUAUCACUAAUGACAGUAACUGUUAA